UCUGAAGGACUCGAGUUAUUCUAUCUCUUAUGGCCUUUCAUAUGUCUUCUUUCCUCUUUGCUUCUCUUGCUGUUUUCUUUUUCUUAUGCUCCUUGGAGAAGAGCUUUGCCUUUCAAACGAGAAGGGAGGACACUGAAAGCAACCAUCUUGUUCACCUCAACUCUCUCUUUCCAUCAUCUUCUUGUAGCUCUUCUACCAAAGGUCCCAAAAGAAAAGCAUCUUUAGAAGUGGUACACAAACACGGACCGUGCUCUAAACUGAAUGAUGGGAAAGCAAAGGUUCCAACACACAGUGAUAUUCUGAGUCUAGAUGAAGAUAGGGUGAACUUUAUUCACUCCAGGAUAUCAAAGAACUUGGGCCAUGAAGAAAGCGAGGAGGAAUUAGAUUCUGCUGGUGCUAUCCUACCGGCCAAGUCUGGUAGCCUUAUUGGGUCAGGGAACUACUUUGUUGUAGUUGGUCUUGGGACACCAAAAAGGGACUUGUCACUCAUUUUUGAUACGGGUAGUGAUCUCACUUGGACUCAGUGUCAACCUUGUGCUAAAUCAUGUUACAAGCAAAAAGAUGAUAUUUUUGAUCCAUCAAAGUCUACAUCUUAUUCCAAUAUCUCUUGCACAUCUUCGGUUUGCACUCAGCUCUCUUCCGCUACAGGAAACGACCCAGGAUGUGCUUCAUCUACGAAGGCAUGUAUAUACGGCAUCCAAUACGGUGACUCAUCUUUCUCCGUCGGUUAUUUCAGCCGCGAGAGGCUGACGGUGACAGCCACCGACUUUAUGCCCGAGUACUUAUUCGGCUGCGGCCAAAACAACAAGGGCCUCUUCGGCGGCGCCGCCGGCUUAUUAGGCCUCGGCCGCCACCCCAUCUCCUUCGUCCAACAAACAUCCUCAAAAUACAAUAAAAUCUUCUCCUACUGUCUUCCCUCCACCUCCAGUUCCGUCGGCUACCUCAACUUCGGCUCCGCCGGCGGCGGCGGCGGUUACAACCAAGUCAAAUAUACUCCCUUCUCCACCAUCGCACGCAGCUCCUCCUUCUACGGCCUCGACAUCGCCGGAAUCAGCGUCGGAGGCGCAAAGCUUCCCGUUUCCUCCUCCACCUUCUCCUCCGGUGGCACCAUCAUUGAUUCCGGCACCGUCAUCACGCGGCUGCCGCCGACGGCGUACAGCUCCCUGAAGGCGGCGUUCCGGCAGGGCAUGUCUAAGUAUCCGCCUGCCAGCUCGUUGUCCAUACUCGACACGUGCUAUGACCUCAGUGGGUACAAGGUGGUUUCGAUUCCUAAGAUAAAGUUCGAGUUCGGCGGCGGCGUGACGGUGGAGCUUGCGGCGGCGGGGAUACUUUAUGUUGGGAGUGAGAAGCAGGUGUGCCUGGCGUUUGCUCCAAAUAGUGAUGAUAGUGAUGUUACAAUAUUUGGGAAUGUGCAACAGAAGACACUUCAAGUUGUGUAUGAUGUUGGUGGUGGUAGAGUUGGGUUUGGUGUUGGUGGGUGCAAGUGAGUGGUGGUUAAAAAUUAAUGAUCAUGCUUUUGGGCUAGUUAAGGAGAAAGAAAUCUUAGUUGGCUCUGGCAUUUCUUAAUUAUUAUUAUUAUUAUUGUGGCAAACUCUAAUCAUAUGUAUGCAAGAAGUUAUAGAAAGUAAGAAAAAAGAAAAAUGAAGUUGGGGGAAACUUUUGUGAUAUAUAUAGUGAUUGAAGAAGACUUAAUGGGCAAUGUUGUAACCUAUAGAUUUGAAGGGACUAUAUCAUGACUCAAGGUGUGCGAGUGUUUGCAAUUGUUCAUAGAUGUGUAAUGUGUAAGAAAUGUAAACUUGGGUCCAUGUUAUUAAAGGUUUGAUGAAUAAACCAAAAACUUCUUGU